GGGCUGAUUUUAAAGCUCUCCAGAGGAGCAGUUUCUGCUCCGCUGAGUCCUCUCCUCUGUGAUUCUGCGCCUUUAUUUAGUCUUUCCUGUUAUCUGGCCGGCGAGCUGACACUCGGCGCUCUGAGAGGAGGACAAACGGACGCACGGACGGAGGAAGGGAGGGCAGGCGGAAAGGGUGAACUGUCAGACAGAGUUGUUUGUUUCCCUCCUCCCUACGGCUACCUGCCCAUCACUGCUACCCAGCCGCCUGCGUCUCCUGGAUCUAUCUCCGCUGUGGGUGACAGCCCGGAAGACGAGGGGAAACCUGUUCUCCUCUGCUCCCCGGGGAGCCUUCAAGUCAUCCCUCCAUCCUUCUGGCUGGCUGUAGAGGACCUCUGCUCUCCUAGUCUGCUUUUCUACAUCAUGAACAAGAUGAAGAACUUUAAGAGACGGUUCUCGUUGUCAGUCCCACGCACUGAGACCAUCGAGGAGAACGAGUUCACUGAACAGAUCAACCAGCUCAACAUAAGGCACACCCAGGGGAUGACUCCGGACCGACUCGGUCCUCCAUCUCACGAUGCCAGCCCAGUGAGCCCUGAGGCCACCACACCAGGAGCUCACUCUCCGUCCCACCUGCACUACCACAGCCAGGCCCAGCACAGACGCUUUUCCAUGGAAGACGUCAGUAAGCGGAUGUCUCUGCCCAUGGACAUCCGCCUGCCUCCGGAGUUUCUCAAAAAACUGCAGCAGGAAAGCGAAAACUCCCCCCUCUGCAGGCCGCUCAGCCGCACGUCCCGACGCGCCUCACUGUCUGAUAUAGGAUUUGGGAAACUGGAAACGUAUGUGAAGCUUGGCAAACUAGGUGAGGGGACAUACGCCACCGUUUUUAAAGGAAGGAGCAAACUAACGGAGAACCUAGUGGCCCUGAAGGAGAUCCGCCUGGAGCACGACGAGGGAGCUCCUUGCACUGCUAUCAGAGAAGUGUCUCUGCUGAAGAACCUCAAACACGCCAACAUCGUCACGCUGCAUGACAUCAUCCACACAGACCGCUGCCUCACCCUGGUGUUCGAGUAUCUGGACAGUGACCUUAAACAUUACUUGGACAACUGUGGAAAUCUCAUGAGCAUGCACAACGUCAAGAUCUUCAUGUUCCAGCUGCUGCGCGGUCUCUCCUACUGCCACAAAAGAAAAAUCCUCCACAGAGACCUGAAGCCUCAGAACCUUCUCAUCAACGACAAGGGCGAGCUGAAGCUGGCCGAUUUUGGUCUGGCUCGGGCCAAAUCCGUCCCCACAAAGACCUACUCCAACGAAGUGGUGACUCUUUGGUAUCGGCCCCCCGAUGUGCUCCUGGGCUCUACGGAGUACUCCAUGCACAUCGACAUGUGGGGUGUGGGUUGUAUACUGUAUGAGAUGGCAACGGGUCGCCCGAUGUUUCCUGGUGCCACGGUGAAGGAGGAGCUACACUUGAUUUUUAGACUCAUAGGUACUCCAACCGAAGAGACUUGGCCUGGUAUUAGCAGUAAUGAGGAGUUCAGGUCUUACCUCUUUCCUCAGUACAGAUCUCAAGCUCUCAUCAACCACGUACCUCGGUUGGACACGGAGGGAAUUGAUCUGCUGUCAGCUUUCCUGCUGUAUGACACCAGGACCAGAAUCUCGUCUGAAGCGGCUCUACACCACGCCUACUUCCUGAGUCUGGGGGAUGCCAUACAUCAUCUUGCUGACACUGCUUCAGUGUUCUCUCUCGGAGAGGUGCAGCUCCAGAAAGAUCCAGGCCAUCGUAGCUCAGUAUUCCAGCCUUUAGGCCGAGGAAAGAAUCGAAGACAAAGCAUCUUCUAGGAGACGCAGAGAAGAAGAAGAAGAAGGAAGACAUGAAUGGAGAGAAGCUGCCUUUCAAAUCCAGAUCAUCAAGGCCAACUAAAGUUUAACACAUUGAGCAAACAUCCUCAGCAACCAUACACACACACACACCCACACACACCCACACACACAUGCAUAGCAUCACAAGGACAGCUUUUUCACUCAUUGCCAUGGCAGCUGAACUUGAAGGCCCAUCCUCUUUCUGAAGAUAAAAAUGUUCUGCACUUAAACAGACCUUAUUCAAUCUUCUUCCAAACACACACACAUAAACACAGACACACACACUUGCAGCACAUAAAUCCUGAACACUUUUGCACUACAAGAAACGCUGCACAUAUCAGAGAGUAAUUUGUCACCCCCCCCCCCUUUGAUGGCUCAGACAAAAAAGGGACUGUAUAAUAAUUAGCUUUGAAAUCUGAAAAAUUGAACAAAGUCGAUUAUUUUUGCUAUUCUUGACUAGUCAAAUUCUAAAGCCUGCUUGUAGUUUUUACAAAAAAGACUGAAGCAUACCAGCAAGUUGUGUUCUCUGAGUGAGGUCUCCUUAGUGUCAGUCCAGUUUGGUGGCUCCUCCACCCCUCUGACUCCCAUUCAUCCUUUCCUCUACUCAUCUUCCACAAGCUCUGCCUCUGCCUUUCUGCCUCCUGUUGGACCGCUGUCCCUCUGCUGUCCUCCUAAUCUAGCAAAGAAAUGUUAGAACAUUGUACAACAAAUACAGUACAUUAUAUUUUUUGUACAAAUACAGAAAAAAUUCUUAACUGUCAAUUUGUAUACAUGCUAAUGUUAGCAUAUUAGCAUGUUAAUACAAAGCAAACAAUAUGUGAGCUAACAUUUAGCCUGGUUGGGCCUGACCACUGAUCCCAGAAUCAAAAAUCUGAUCUUUUUCUGGACACUGAAUGUUACCAUGCCUAGUAAAGCUGCUGUAGGUGUGUGUGUGUGUGUGCGUGUGUGUGUGUGUGUGGUGCGUGUGUGUGUGUGUGUGUGGAUGCUGUUGCUGUGUGAAGAGAAGUCUCAAAAGUUAGCUUUUUCUGCAGCAGCGAGACAUUUAAACAGAAAUUGGAGCUAGCACAGAACUCUGAGAAGGUACUUAAAACAAAACCAGGUUUUCUGCUGUAUCAAGAAAGAAAUAUUUCUUCAGCAGAUAACAGGAAGGACGAAAGGAGCCAUCUGUGUUCUCCUAUCUGAUGGGGAGGG